GGCGGCCCCCGGGCCCGGCGUCGCCGUUUCCCGCCGUCUCCCGCCGCCGUUUCCCGCCAUGGCGGGGUUCGAUCCGGCGGUGCUGCCCGACCUGCUCCCGAUCUAUUACCGGCGGCUCUUCCCGCACGGCCCCUACGGCCGCUGGCUCAGCUACGGCGGCGUGGUGAAGAACUACUUCCAGCUGCGGGAAUUCUCCUUCACGCUGCGGGACGAUGUCUACCUGCGCUUCCAGUCCUUCAGCAGCCCCCAGGAGCUGGAGCGGGAACUGCAGAAGAUCAACCCCUACAAAAUCGACAUCGGGGCUGUCUACUCCCACCGGCCCAACCAGCACAACACGGUGCACCUGGGAGCCUUCCAGCCGCAGGAGAAGGAGCUGGUCUUUGACAUCGACAUGACGGAUUACGACGAUGUCCGGACGUGCUGCAGCUCGGCUGAUAUCUGCUCCAAGUGCUGGACGCUGAUGACCAUCGCCGUCCGCAUCAUCGACCGCGCGCUCGUGGAGGACCUGGGCGUGCGGCACCGCCUGUGGGUGUACUCGGGCAGGAGGGGUGUGCACUGCUGGGUGUGCGACGACGCCGUCAGGAAAUGGUCCCCAGCUCUGAGGGCAGCGGCUGUGGAGUACCUGAGCCUGGUCAAGGGCGGUGCAGACACGGUGAAGAAGGUGACCCUCUCCCACCCCGUGCACCCCUUCAUCAGGCGCUCGGUGGCCGUGGUGCAGGAGCACUUCCAGAGGCACGCGCUGCUGGGCCAGGACAUCCUGGGCAGCCCCGAGAGGUGGCACAGGGUGCUGGCCCUGCUCCCCGAGGAGCUGCGGGAGCCGCUGCAGGCCGAGUUCCCGCGGAAGAAGGACUCGGUGCAGCGCUGGGAGCUGCUGCGGGCCCGCGCCGAGCGGGAGCGGGAGCGGGGCCGGGCCGGGCACCCCGAGUGGGAGGUGAUGCUGCAGCUCUGCUUCCCCCGGCUGGACUGCAACGUCAGCAAAGGGCUCGGGCACAAGAGCCCCUUCAGCGUGCACCCCAAAACAGGGCGCAUCUCAGUCCCGCUGGACCUGCAGAGGCUGGAGGAGUUUGACCCGUUCUCAGUGCCCACCAUCACGUCCCUGUGCCAGGAGCUGGACGCUGCUGGCAGCGAUGGCGAGCAGGAGGAGGGGGGGGACACGGAGCCCAAACGGCGCACGAGGGACUACAGGAGGACCAGCCUGGCCCCCUACGUGCAGCUCCUGGAGCAGUUCGUGGAGGAGAUGGAGCGCGCCCGGCGGGGGGAGCGCAUCCGCCGCAGCGGUGGGACCCCAAAAACCACCCCAAAAACUACCCCAGGAGGGGCCUCUGCCUCUGAGAGCAGCUUGGGGGGGCUCCUGUGGGCUCUGGGGGUCUGCCCUGCUGGAUUUGGGGGGCUCCUGUGGGCUCUGGGGGUCUGCCCUGCUGGAUUUGGGGGGCUCCUGUGGGCUCUGGGGGUCUGCCCUGCUGGAUUUGGGGUCUUUCAUUCAAUUUUGGGGGUCUCUCAUUGGAUUUGGGGUCAGUCCUGCUGGAUUUGGGGGAUUCUCAUUGGAUUUGGGGGGCUCCUCUGGGAUUUGGGGGUUUUUCAAUGGAUUUGGGGGUCUGUCCCAUUGGAUUUUGGGUCUUUAAUUGAAUUUUGGGGGUCUGUCCUGUGGGAUUUGGGGGUUUCUCGUCGGAUUUGGGAUCUGCCCUGCUGGAUUUGGGGGGUCUCUCAUUGAAUUUUGGGGGUCUGUCCCUUUGGAUUUGGGGUCUGUCCCUCUGGAUUUGGGGGUCUUUCAUUCAAUUUUGGGGGUCUCUCAUUGGAUUUGGGGUCUCUCAUUGAAUUUUGGGGGUCUGCCCUUUGGAUUUGGGGGUUUCUCAUUGGAUUUGGGGUCUUCCUAUUGCAUUUAGGGGUCUCCCAUUGAAUUUUGGGGGUCUGCCCUGCUGGAUUUGGGGGUUUCUCCCUGAAUUUUGGGGUCUGCCCUGUGGGAUUUGGGGGUUUCUCCCUGAAUUUUGGGGUCUGUCCCAUUACAUUUGGGGGUUUCUCAUUGGAUUUAGGGUCUAUCCUGUUGGAUUUAGGGGUCUCCCAUUGGAUUUGGGGUCUUUAAUUGAAUUUUGGGGGUCUGUCCCUUUGGAUUCGGGGAUUUCCCAUUGGAUUUGGGGUCUGUCCCAUCGGAUUUGGGGGUUUCUCACUGAAUUUUGGGGUCUGCCCUGUGGGAUUUGGGGGUUUCUCCCUGAAUUUUGGAGUCUGUCAGAUUAAAUUUGGGGGUUUCUCCCUGAAUUUUGGGGUCUGUCCUGCUGGAUUUGGGGGUUUCUCCCUGAAUUUUGGGGUCUGUCCUGCUGGAUUUGGGGGUUUCUCCCUGAAUUUUGGGGUCUGUCAGAUUAAUUUUGGGGGUUUCUCCCUGAAUUUUGGGGUCUGCCCCAUUAAAUUUGGGGGUUUCUCCCUGAAUUUUGGGGUCUGUCCCAUCGGAUUUGGGACCACCAGGUGACAGACAGGGACACAAGGAAGGAGCUGAGCGAUGGCUGUUGCUGUGCCAUCUUUGUUUUCUCUGGGAAAACCUCCCCAUUUCUCAUUUUUUGCAGAUCUUCAAGGAGAUUUCUGAGCCCUGGACGCUGCCAGUGUCCCCUGUGCUGUCACUGUCACCUCCCCUGGCCCCAUGGAGCAGCCAAACCCCCCCCGGGGCUGCCCCUGCCCUGGUUUUGUACCUUUUGGACUGUUUUUUACACAAAACCCAUUAAAUGUUUCUGCUCA